GCGUCGCGAUGUAUUUGUAGUGCCUUGUCGUUGAAAUAAUAUCGUAUUUGUUUUCUUCCUAAACAUGCAUAAUCUUUUAGUUUGAAAAUAAUUAUAUUUUUUUUAAGUGUAAGAUGCCUCAAAAAACUUUUAGUGAUAAAAUGUUUAAGUGUAAUCGUUUUAAUGUGUUGUGUUGGCUUGUGUUUUACUUAAUUUUAUUAGCCCUGACAAAGGAUAGCGCAGAUGCUCAAGUAAUACGAAGUCCCGCCCCAGAGUUCAGUAGACAUAGAGUCGUCCAGCCGGUGAUCCACCAUGCGAGAACGAAGAGAGAGAUCACAUCAACUAUACAUACGGAAGGUAUGCAUCAACCAGAGGUGACGAUGACGAUAAACAUUGAUGGGGUGGAACAUAUCCUGGAUCUCCGGCUGAACCACGAUCUAGUAGCUGGUGACCACAUAAUCAGCUAUCAGAAAGAUGGAAAGACGGUGCUGCAUAAACCUAAGAAAGAAGAACUUGACAUAUGCCAGUAUUCUGGCACGGUUAGAGGCAAGAAGGGCUCUUGGGCAGCGGUGUCUACCUGUCACGGUGUUAGAGGUGUGAUACACGAUGGAAAACAAAUGAGAUAUAUUGAACCACAAGGAAAUGAAAUAGAUUCACAGCACUACAUCUACGAUCACUCUGACCUUGAGACCAAUUUCCAUUGCGGGUACAGUGGGGGCGUCACAAAUAAUACGAAAUACGAUCCGGAACUGAUGAGGGAAUACCAAAACGAGAAAAGCAAAGUAAACAGCAGAAUACAUCGGUAUAAGCGGAAUGCCGAUGACACAGAAUUACGUGGUCCUUUCAAUGCAAAUAAGUUAUCGCGAUACGUCGAGUUAGUUUUGGUCGCGGAUAAUAGAGAGUUCAGAGCGAACGGCGAGAGCAUCACUACGAUACAUCAACAGUUGAAGGACGUCGCCAAUAUUAUUAAUUCGGUGUAUGCCCCUUUAAAUAUUUUUAUAGCACUUGUCGGUGUGGUUGUGUGGACUGAGCGAGACGAAAUAAUAUUAGAAGAAGAUGGAGAUAAGACUCUCACUCACUUCUUACAUUAUAGAAGAAAUAGAUUGUUGUAUACCAUACCGAAUGAUAACGCGCAUUUGUUAACACGCCAAAAAUUUAAAGAUGGAGUUGUAGGCAAAGCUCUAAAGGGUCCCAUAUGUACCUACCAGUUCUCUGGUGGUGUCGCCACCAAUCACUCAGAGGUGAUAGGUCUAGUGGCCACGACCAUCGCUCACGAAAUGGGUCACAAUUUUGGCAUGGAACACGAUACGGAAGCAGAUUGCAGUUGUCCCGAUGAAAAGUGUAUUAUGAGUCCUUCGAGUACUUCGGUCACGCCUACCCAUUGGUCUUCCUGCAGUCUCCGGUCGUUGGCGCUUUCCUUCGAAAGGGGCAUGGAUUAUUGUUUACGCAACAAACCAAAGCGUCUCUUCGAUUCACCAACAUGUGGCAACGGAUUCGUGGAGCCGGGCGAGCAGUGCGACUGUGGUCUCAACGGCAGCCCCGCGUGUCUCGCCUGCUGUCACCCGCACGCCUGCGUGCUGCGCUCCAACGCGACCUGCGCCGUGGGCGAGUGCUGCGACCCGCAGACAUGUCGACCGAAGUCUGCUGGUAUUGUUUGUCGAUCAGCUGACAAAGAGUGCGACUUGCCGGAAUACUGCAGUGGUUACUCCGAGUUCUGUCCGCGAGAUGUGUACAAGAUGGACACAACACCUUGCUCCAACAAUGAGGCGUACUGCGUCCGCGGCUCGUGUCGCACACACACGGACCAGUGCCGGCUGCUUUGGGGCUCCACUGGCGCGAUGUCGGACAUACGAUGUUACAAUACUUCUAAUGUGAAGGGCGAUAAGAAAGGAAAUUGCGGUUACCAGCGAGGUGAGCAGCCUGUCUUCUAUCGAUGCGCAAGAGAAGAUGUUCUCUGCGGUCUGUUGCAAUGCAAACACCUCAACGAGAGACUGGAGUUCGGUAUGGAGUCGGUGUCGUCUCUCUCUGCGGUCUUCAUCAACAAUAAUGGCACGAUAUUGACAUGCCGUACAGCAAUGAUAGAUCUGGGCCUUUCGGAAGUAGACCCUGGAAUGGUACCCGAUGGUGCCAAGUGUGGGGAAGAUAAGAUGUGUCUCAAUCAAAAAUGCGUGCCCGUAGCGGGAGUGGUGGAGGUUAUAGCGCAAAAGCAAAACUCUGUGUGUCCUUCCAAUUGUUCAGGGCACGGCGUAUGUAACUCGGAAGGAAACUGUCAUUGCGAACCUGGCUUCGCUCCACCGCUCUGCGCUCUACCAGGACCUGGAGGUUCCAUCGAUUCCGGUCCAGCCACCGAUUCCAGCAUUCAACGAAAUUUCAUGGUGGCGAUGUAUGUCAUAUUCCUCUGCAUCCUCCCGGCAAUUCUUCUGAUCAUGUUCCUGAUGUACUAUUCAAGACACAACGUUCUCACAUGGUGGAAGAAACCAAGAAAGACUGUCCAAUCUCCAAAGAAGAACAGCUUGCAACGCCGUCUGUCGAGAAGCGCGAGUAAAUUCGCUUCUAAUUUCCAAAGUAACGCUCAAAAUAAUCAACAACCAGUCAACGUGCAUACUCUUUCUAAUCCUGACGAUAUGAGCUCGAGCCUUUUAAGAAGUGACUCAGAUCGUAGUCCAACUGGUAAUAUCAAUCCUACUGUUAACUUUUUUGGCAAUUUCAAAGGAUUUUCUUUAACGCCGAUGGAUAAGAAUCAACCUCAAACAGAUAAAGAUAGUAAACAAGUUGAAAAUGUAACCAAAAGUGCCAAAAUAACUCCUGUGCGUAGGAGUGGAAGUAGCAGUCAGAAUCUUGGUCAAAGUGCUCUUAAACCAGUUUUGCGUUCUGCCCCACCACUACCUGUUGUACCGACGACUAAAUCAAGUCCAAAAAGUAGUCCAUCUGUCAAAAGAACAAAUAGUUCUGUACAAAAUAGGAUAAAAGCAUUAAUAGGUUCUGAUAAAUCCGAGGAGACCCCGGUUCAGUCUAAUUCAUCUGCUAGACCAGUUAUAUCGAGCCCAAUUCUAGAAGCAUCAACUUGUACAGCUAAAGAGUUAAUUUCACCACUUCAAGGAUCAAAAACGUUGGGGCCUAUACGCGCAGCCCCUACGGUUCCAAGUUUUUCUCCAGAUUUACCCAAGAGACCCUUAAGUAUGCACUCUGGUGGUAAUGUCCCUCAAAAGCCUCUACCCGAAGAGCCUAAAAAGGUCAAAGAAGGUAUUUCACUCAAUAGGAUCGCUUCAUUUCUAAAGAACGAAAAAACUAAAGAAAAAGAACGGAAUCCUGUAGAAAGAAGUCACUCUUUACCAAAAAAUGCAAAUAAUCAAUUAAAAAUUGCGAAAGUCGAAAAGGCAGGUCUGAGGAAUUUGCAAAUAUCUAAUCCAAUUUUGCAAAAAGACAUUGAACUUUCAGUUAACACUGUACCGGUAGUUUCUGAUUCUGAAGAUGUCGACGACCAAAAAGCUUUUGUCAAUAGGGCGCAAAGCAUGCGAGCGCCUGCAGCACAGAAACCAGCGAUACAGAGUUUUGGCUCUAUGAGACAAUCGCCCGGAGUAGCGAGGCCUUUGUCUUGCGUGGGAAGGCCUACGGCUCCUCCUCCGCCAUUACCCAAUCAAUCUAAAUUGAACGACGAAAAAAACUCAAUAUACCAAAAUCCAAAAAUACAAACCGAAAUAAAAUCUACGGAUUACGUUGAUUGCAUAGAAGAAAAAGCAGCACCACUGGCUCAUAUUGACGAAGAAUCUGGAGACAAUAUAUAUGCGAUUAUAGAAGAAAGUCCCGAAAAACACUAUAAACCUCUACCUGGUAGUUUGCCUCCAAAAACCAUAACGGCUCCUGUAGAAGAAUACAACGUCCCGAAACCCAUUACUUCAAAUUCAGGAAGUACUGAAAGCAUGGGUCUACUCGGUGAAAUUGUUAACGAGAUUCAAAAUCGGAACUUUGAGUCUAUAUAUUCCGCGUCUACACUGGCAAGAAAGAAAGAAAAGGAAAAUCAAAAAAAUGUCGAAAACAAUAGAGACAGUACCUACAUGAAUACAGAUUACAAAAGACCAGAGAGUGUGUACAACAACUCCGGUGCAAAAUCAAGUGCUGCGUCGACCACCAGCAGUGGCUAUUUGCAUCCUUCUGCGGUAAAUAUACCCACGUAUACGCAAAAACAGAAUGAUGCUAAGCAAGAAAUCGAGAAACCACCAUCGCCGACUCUAAAAGUAAACUCGAAAAUUCCAACUUUUUCAAGACAAGUCACUCCGCCGGGCCUUAGAAGUACAUCGACAUUUAAAACGGUCCCACAAUCGCCAAAAGUUGUAACUAAAAAUAUGAACACACUUAAAACUAUACCCAAUAGUCCGGAUCUAGUUUCAAGUUGCGCUGUCGCAGAUACAAAGAAUGUUAAAGCGCCAGACGUGAUUAAUAAUAAUAAACCGGUAGAACCACCAAAAGUAGCAACAAAACCGAGUACGGUGGCUAAACCUCACGAUAAUCGACCUCCUUUAAGACCCGCGCCGUCAGUCGAGAAGAAACAAAUUGUUAAAACAACACCAGUAUUAAAAUCCGUCAAUUCAUCAUCGAAUAUUAAUAAUAAAAUUGAUAAAAAUCCGCCCUUAAACCGUACUAAUUCAAAAACGGAUUCUAAUGUUAAGGCAAUAGCGGAUAGCUUAAAUAAAAAUCGACCAAAAAUCGUACCAAAACCAAGUACGAUAUUACAAAAGACUGAUUCGAAUGUAAAGACGAACACACCGAGGCUAUCCGCCAAACCGUCUAAUGUCGCUAGCUUGCAACAAAAAUUCGAAAAUAGAAAAUCAUUAGGAAAAGAGAUUACAGCGAAAAAAUAAAUUUAUUAUAAUUAUUAAGAUUUUUAAAUCUACUUGAAGCACGUCGUCUCUUUGAAGCAAAUAAAAGGUUUUUUACAAAACCAUAGAUGUUAGUGUAUGUAAUGAAUUUAUUGUGAUUAUAAUGAGAUGACGAUUCUCAUAAAGUUGAGAAUAUGAAAUGGUAUUUUCUGGAAAGUUAUUAAAGCUUUAUCGUAGCUAGAUAAAUAUGCAGCUGUUUGUAUACAAAAAGUAAUAUCUAGUCGAUUAACUGUUUAAAAACCAUUCAUUUAUGUGUACAUAGUUUUAACGAACAAAUUGUAUACAAUAGUAACAGAUACAAAAGAAACAAUUAUCAAAACCAUAGACAAUAUUUUGUAUUAGUUAUAAAAGAAAAAUAACUUUACAAACAAUUAUCACUACUAUGAUAUUUAUUUAUAUUACGAGUUACAUUUGGUACAUAAACUUGAUGAAAAUGACUUCGCUUUUUUGUCUGUUUUAAACAUACUAACUGUCAAAAUAUCGUUAUUCGAAAUUUAAACUAAAAUAAUUACACAUUAUUUGUCUAUGGAGUUUGGUCAAAGGCUUUCAUUGAUGCUAUAUAUUGCAAUAAAAAACACGUAAGGUUGAAGAUUGAGUUAUCGAAUUAAAGUGUUCAUAUUUUGAUAUGAAAUAGCAUUUUAAAUUAUAGCUAAUUUACUACAGUUAAUUUAGUAAGUAUAUGUAAAUAUUUUAGUUAAAAACAUUGUACGGAUUACGCUAAAAUUUAGUCAUAAGAUUUGAACUCAAACAUCCAUAAUUUAAGGCUUUUGUAAAUAUUCCCUUUUUACUAUUAGUUAAAUCGAUCAGUGUCUUAAUCGUAAAUAGAGUAAAUUAAUUUGUAUUUUUAUAAAAAUUAUAGAUAAUAUUUAAUCAUUUGUAUAAAUAAUGAGUGAUUGUUGUCAUAUCCAAAAAAAAAGUAUAAAUCUUUUUGUGAAAAUGAAAUAGAAGAAUGACUAUUCCGCAAAUGGUGCUAGAAAUAGUGUGUGAUAAUGUAGCUUACUUUGUUACAAACAAAUAUUCAGGUCAUUACUGGGAUGUAAUAUGCAAUAUUAAAUAAUUAUUCAAAUUAAGUUCUUUUUACGCUAGUGCGAGUAAAAGUAAGUUUUAUGUAUAUCAAAAUCCCACUCAAUCCCGCAAUCCCUUCGACAAUUCAUUAUGGAAAUCCAGUAAUGGCCUUGAAUAUUUAAAUGCAAUAAUUAUUAAUAAACAGAACGCUAAACGUCCAUUUACCCACUGCCAGCUCGGUACAAAUAUGUGGUGCUGAUUCGUCGCAAACGCAAUAAUAUUAUGUUAUGAAAGAAUGAUGAAAGCAGUGAAUAGUAUUGUAUUACAUUCAUAUUAUAGAUUGUGAUAUUUAAAUAUGAAGUUUAUUGUAAACAUAUUUCAAAGGUCAAUCUUGGAUUACACUCUGUUAAAUAAUUUGUCAUUAUGUAUCUUGUUAAAAAACAAAAAGAAACUGCCUGUAAAAGUCUAAUGGAUAAAUACCGCGGAUUCCUUAAAAGGCUUAGAGAAUAUUCAAUUAUUGUGUUGUACUGCGUAUUUAUGGAUUAACAUAAUGAAUUAUAGACUCAAAGGCUCAAACUAUUUGGGCUUGAAUCCGCAGUCUUCGGUUAAAGGUUAAUAUACACAUUUUGUAUAGUAAAAACGUCCGAGUUUUAAUGGUUUUAAUCAGAUAUUAUAAUCUGUGCCCUGGUUGAUACAAAUAAAAGCCAUUAAGCAAAGAAUUAUAAAGAAACAAUAAAAUUACGAAGCACCGUCCUAUCUGGGUACUCUUUACCUGAUAGUAAGUCUCCGUAAUUAAAAAAAAAAAAUUAUAUUGUUGAUGAUAAAUUUGUAUCACAGAGUGCAAUUCACAGUUGAAUAUUGUUCAGUCGUAUUGCAGCUAAUUGAAAUUAUAAUAAAUAGUCAUUUAUAUUCUAUUAUAAAGCCGCCGUUAGUACAAACAUUUGUUUAAAUAAAAAAGAUUAAUGUUUUCAAAGUAUACAGUAAAGAUUAGUAUUUUCAGUUAUGUUUGUACUAAUGGCUAAUAGUUAA